UCCCCAAAAUCUCGCAGUCUCAUCCGAAACCCGGAACCGACCAACCAGACCACGCGCCGCGCGUCUCUCGGCCGUCGGCAUGGGCACGGCGGAGAGGAGGCUCGCUCGCGUCGCGGCCCAUCUCAUGCCCGCCGCCCCGCUCCCGCUCGCCUCCGCCCCUCUUGUCGCGCCCUCCCCCGCUGCUGCGUCGUCCUCGCCCGCCGGAGACAGCUACCGGCGCGUGCACGGCGAUGUCCCGUCGGAGCCCCCGGAGUGGUGCGCGGCGACGGACGAGUCCGGGAAGGAGUUCGUCGACAUCAUCUACGAGAAGUCCGUCGGGGAGGGCAUUGCCAAGAUCACAAUCAACCGUCCUGAUAGAAGGAACGCAUUUAGACCACUCACUGUCAAAGAGCUGAUGCGUGCGUUCAGCGAUGCCAGAGAUGAUAGUUCAAUUGGAGUAAUCAUACUGACAGGGAAGGGAUCCAAGGCAUUCUGUAGCGGUGGUGACCAAGCAUUAAGGGAUUCUGAUGGAUAUGUUGACUUUGAUAGCUUUGGCCGACUCAAUGUUCUAGACCUCCAGGUACAAAUUCGGCGCCUUCCAAAGCCAGUUAUAGCUAUGGUUGCUGGUUAUGCAGUUGGUGGUGGACAUGUUCUACACAUGGUGUGUGAUCUAACAAUUGCAGCUGAUAAUGCGAUAUUUGGGCAGACCGGUCCAAAGGUUGGAAGCUUUGAUGCUGGCUAUGGCUCUUCAAUCAUGUCUCGAUUGGUAGGGCCAAAGAAAGCCCGCGAAAUGUGGUUUCUAUCAAGGUUCUACUCAGCAGAUGAAGCAGAGAAAAUGGGGCUUGUCAAUGUAGUUGUACCACUUGUUGAUUUAGAGAGUGAAACUGUGAAAUGGUGCCGGCAAAUCUUAAGAAACAGUCCCAUGGCGAUUCGGGUGCUGAAAUCUGCACUCAAUGCGGCUGAUGAUGGUCAUGCUGGUCUUCAGGAGCUUGGCGGCAAUGCGACACUGAUCUUCUACGGUACUGAGGAGGCAAAAGAAGGGAAGAAUGCGUACAUGGAACGAAGGCGUCCAGAUUUCUCGAAGUUCCCUCGGAAGCCUUGAUUUCAUCUGAUGUUACAGAUUUUCACCUGAUGUAGCUGAUGAUCUGUUCAAAUAACUUGUCGAUUCUCGUCCGCUCUUCGAUUCUGGUAAAUAGUGUAGAUCUUACUGCCAUGUACAGCGAGGGUUUUUAGUGAUAACCCAUUUGCCACUUGCCAGAACCUCAAUAUGUGUACAUGGAAGGAAAUAAAGUAUUUGUGAACAUUCAUCACGGUAUCGGUUUCAAAAAGAAUAUUUAUCACAGUAUUAUAGAAUCUGAAAUAAAGCUGGAUGCUGUGUA